UAUAGAUAUAGUUUGAUCAUCUAUAAACAAAAGGAAAACACACUAUAAGCUAGCUAGCAAAACCUAUCAAAGAAAAUGACCAUCUCCAUUACCUCCAUGCUCAAGCCUUCUACUUGUCCAAACAACAACCACCACCUUCAUCUCACUGCCACUAAACCCACCACCCUUCCUUCUUCAUGGGAGACAAACAAGGAUGAAAUUAGCUGGAGAAGAAGAAGAUGCAUGGCAACUUUGGCAUGUGCAGUGAUAAGCUCCGGCGUUAUCAUCUUCGCCGGUGAAGCCAACAGCAUCGCCGCCGUGAACACUGAUCACCCCGGCCGGCCAGUGAUGGGAAUGGCAGUGAAAGAAAAAUUGGUAAAAUGGAGUGAUCAAAGGAGGUGCCCUCCAUGGCAUGCCAAUUCAUUGGAGACUAUUGUUCCAGAGAAUCUCCCUCGGCCGUCGAUCCGUCAACGAUCCGACGGCCGUGCUUCCUUCUCCUCUCAGACAGCUCCCAAGAUCUUGGACUUUGUUAGAACAAAUGCUGGCUGCUUCUCUCUUUAAUUAGACCUUAUACAUAUGUGUUGCUUUGUCAUUCAAAUUAUUUAUGUGUGUAUAUAUAUAUAUUUGAAUCAAGAAAAGAGAGAUUCAGUUUAAGAAGUUGGAAAGUUUGAUUUUAUUGCAGUGGAGGUGAUUAUUUCUAUGUAAUGUGAUUUGCAUACAUGUAUAAGUGAAAAUUAAGGAUAAAAUGAACUUCAUAAUCUGUUGGACUGAAUA